GAUUGCAAAGUGUUGAGUAGUAAACAAAAAUGAGACUUGGAAUAUAAAUUCAAAUUAAUUUAAUCGUUUAAUUAUGAGUAUCAAUAAAAUUAAUUCGCGCGUAUUUAUGAAAAUUAUAUUUUACUUAUGCUUUUCCUUCAAUCUUAUACCAAUGAUAAUUGCUAUAAGGGCUAGUGUUAAGUCUGAAAUCAAAGGUGAUGGAUUUCAUAGGCUAUUAAAUUAUCAUGUGAAUACAGGAAAUUUUCAAAACAAAAGCUGCCAUGUAGCUGUAUAUUUACAAUUACCAUUAUCGCUUUAUGUAAAUGUUGAUGAACUGGCAGAUCGCAGACGACUUUACAAAAGUUCAUCUUGUUCCGAUGGAGAGGUAGAUGUUGAAGUUUUUGCUGAAAAUGCAAGAAAUCAAAAUAUUACCAUAUGCUCUCGGCUAACUAGCUCAAAGAAAACAUUAAUAAUUCCUGUUCAUCAGCGUUAUCAUUUAGCUAGCCGGAGCGGUGAAUUUAUUAAUAUAACGCUUCCUCAACCAAAAUUACUAAUAGGGUGUCCAGAUAGAUUGAAAGAACAUAGAGUUUCGACGACUGUGAUCUGCUGGCCAUGUAGCGAAUAUGUAAAAAAAUGGAGAGACAUUUAUUAUAGAUGGGAAGGUGAUAAUAAUUUUAUUUGGCAAAUACCGGUGGGUAAUACAUCGCAGAAAUUUCAAGUGACUUGUAUUACUCUAUUCGUGACUAGUUUAUGCGCUGCAUAUGUUCUAUGGAUAAUUUAUAAAUCGUAUAAAAUAUCAAAGGACAAACAAUCGAAGGAUGACUAAUUAAAACACAAAUUUUGUAACAAAUUUGUUAACAGAUGGUUUGCAUUUAUAUUAUAUACAUGAAAUUCUUAAGUUAGCGAACUUUGUACAUAGAAUAAUUUAUAGAUGUGAUACGUCAAAUCGACUACAAUAAAUAAUAUAUUAUGCUUAAUUAAUUAAUAAUAAAGGUGUAAAUAGUUUUAAAUAAAAACUGUACAUAGUUUCUUAAUGCUGUGUAAGUUAACUUAGUUUUACCAUUCUCGAUAACCUUCCAUGUACAAAAACGAAUUUCAGUACGCUUUGAAAAGUGAAACACUAAGCGAUAGGAAAUUGCUCUUUUAAUCUUUCAAAUAGUAGAUAAUAGUAGAUAUAAAGUAACUAUAUAAAUUAUAUAAUUUAU